GCCAGCACAACACUGAAGGGUAGGGAAGUCACAUCAUGAUAGGCAGUGAUUACGAACUCUCAGCAGCAACGAUGGCCAAGACAACCCCCAUCGCCCUGACUGCACUGCUGUUAAUCAGCGCUGCUUUACCCAUCGCACGAGCAAACGGCUGGGCGAAAACAUGUACCGAAGACGACGUAGAACGAGGGCCGGUCGGGGUAUGCGGGCCUCAUCUUUCCAGUAUGUUAGGCACAAUCUGCGUAAACGGUUACUACGCAGGCGAUGCAUUCAUUAAAAAGCGAUCAGCAGACACAUCUGAGGCAGAAGAAACUGAAGAACGCAUAGUACCCUUCAUAUCCACGGACAGGGCAAAGACGUACUUGAAGAGCAAGCGAUGGGGCGGUGAAGGCUGGUCAGGCAUCGUCUGCGAAUGUUGCUAUAACCGAUGCACUUACACGGAACUGCAACAGUACUGCAAUCAGCCUUCAUCAAAGAGAUCUGCGUCGCCGUCUUCCGUGAAAAAUUCAGUACUUUACUCGAAUCCUCAGCUUGCAAUAAAAAAUCCUGCGAGGGUUCUUAAUAAGCAUUGGCUGGCGCUGGGCAAGCGAAUUAUUGGGAUGCUAACCGGAAGUUCACGGACAGGCACAAAAGGACCGCAGAACAAUUAAAAAACUGAUCAAUGCUGGAAAUCUCGUCGUCAGAUGACUUCGCGCGCCACUGUCUUCGCUAAAACACCAUUUGCGUUUUAGUUGACAUGAGGUCCUUCCUCCCAAGCUUUUGAAGCCCUUUUGCUUCGAGGAUGAAAUACGUAUUGUUGUUAAACUCGCUGGUGUCUAAACAUGGAGUUCUGUGGCCACUUUUCCAUUUACGGAACCUGAAUCACAAUUCAAAAUGGCGUGGCUAUGAUAGAACUGGAGAGUGAUCGCUACCCACUUCUGCUUAGCGUUUUGCCCGGUAAUUUGCACUCUGUCUGUACAUGCGCUGCCACUGGAAACGGAUGCAUCUCUCCUCCGCGGUAGAUGACGAUAUCAUUAACUUUUAUUGGGCAUAGACUUCAUGUUAUAUGUGCAAGUGUGAGAGGCUAUAUGCGUAAUCCUUGAGACAAUCACUCCGCUCCAUUGUGAACUGAAGUGCGCCAGUUUGCCACUGAGAGAACGAAGAACAAUCUCGAUAUCAUAAAAUCGAAAUUGAUUGUAAACUUUACGAGAAUCGCAUCGCGUUUGACUUCUUUGUUAUUUAUUGAAUCUAUUCAUUAUUUCAACAACUCCUUGAUAGGAGAAUGAUCACCCGAACUGCUAUCGUGUCUGUUUGUAUAAAUACAUGCAUGUAUGUGGUCAGGUGAAACUUGGAAGUUAUUUAGAUUUCGCCACCUUUGACUUUUGCCGCGCAUGGUGUCUUCACACGAGACCUGCAUUACUUUCAUCGGCCAUUUUGAUUUAUUGGCCGACUUCUUUUUUUAUUCAUCUAUUUUAUUUAUUUAUUCAUCAUUUUAACAACUCCUUGAUAGGAGAAUGAUGACCCAAACUGCUAUCGUAUCUGCCUGUAAUAUGUGGUGAGGUGGAACUUGGAAGUUAUUAAGAUUUCGCCAUCUUUGACUUUUGUCGCGCAUGUGUCUUCACACGAGGCCCUGCAUUACUUUCAUUGGCCGUUUUGAUUUGGCACUGAGAGUUGGCAACCGUCGUGUUUUGUACAUAGGCUGUAUCAGACCUGUGAUAUCCUCUUUAAUAUGGCGUGAAAUGUUAUUACAAUGUGGCUCGAAACGAAGUACAAUGUAUUCGUUGUAUCUGUAUCUUGUGUUACGUAUUUGUGAAUAACAUCAUCAGUAUAUCGACGAUGGAAGAAGGCAUUCAUUACGAAAUGUUUGCCUUUUUUCACCAACCAACACCGAAAUCAGCAAAACAAGCGUAAACAAAGAUAAGUCAGCCAACAGAUACUGCACAACACUGGUGACGUUCUUCACAAAAUUAAUAUGGAGGCCAAGUAAAUACCUGGCCACGUGUGAUCGCUGUGAACACUGUCGGCGCCGAAGGGCUCGCUUUCAUAAUUAUUUGGUGCGUGAUCGCUGUGAAAACUGUCGGCGCCGAAGGGCUCGCUUUCAUAACUAUUUGGUGCGUGGUCGCCGUGAAAACUGUCGGCGCCGAAGGGCUCGCUUUCAUAAUUAUUUGGUGCGUGAUCGCUGUGAAAAUUGUCGGCGCCGAAGGGCUCGCUUUCAUAAUUAUUUGGUGCGCGAUUUGAAUCUGAACUUGUUCUGAUUGCCACUAAAGGGCUAGGAUAUUUAUAGCAAAAACGGCAGUUUUGCUGAAACCGUUUAUUUAUCAUAUACGUCGUUGUAACCAUCAGUCUCUCUACCCUCUUCCAGCGCUGAAUCUAUAAAAAGAAUCAAUGCCGACUAAUAAAAUUGCCCAUAUAUGCUCAAGUCCUGUUUUUCUUUAAAAACUUUAGAGAUAUCGCUUUUGACCCCCUGGCGAAGAUGAGAAUGAGAUCGGACCGACAUUUUGAUAUUUGAGGUCAACGAUGUCCUUUUUCCAGCCACUUUACUUGUACACUCAAAGCAUGUGUAGUGCAAGUGGGGUCAUACCUAUGUUUCCCGGUACCUAUAUGUCCCGGUACCUAUGUGUCCCGGUACCUAUAUGUCCCGGUACCUAUGUGUCCCGGUACCUAUAUGUCCCGGUACCUAUGUGUCCCGGUACCGAUGUGUCCCGGUCAGUACAAGAAACGCGAUUUUAGGAUUUAAUAGGCCUAUUGUCAUGACAUCCUCGGCACCAGUGGUUUUCGAUAUGCUUCGGCUCUUUGCUAUUUGUAAGGACGAAGGGGUAUCAAAAAGAUAUAGUUGUGAUAGUCGGCGUCAUAAGUUAGUGUCCAUAAGAAAAAAAAAACGGCCCCCGCCCUGACCCAAAAACAUCAAAGGGCCUCAAGGAACAAAACCAAAUUCACUUGACUUCCAAAUCUCUCAUAGACCUACCUUGAAAUUGUGUUGGGUCCAAAAUUAGAUUGAGGAAAAACCAUUGUUUUUAUUCAAGUAACCAAAAAGGCCAGUCAAAUUUACUUAUGAGGCCGACUAUCAUGACUUUAUCAUGACUAUCGGCCUAAUCCUAAAAUCGCAUUUUUACUGCCCGGGACGUGACCGGGAGACAUAGGUACUGGGAAACAUAGGUACCGGGACACAUAGGUACCGGGAAACAUGGGUACUGGGACAUAUAGGUAUGGACCCGUGCAAGUUCAUGUUAAUAGGCAAGUCCUAUCAAGAAUGGACUUGUCUUUAUCUAUUGUUGGUCUUACAUUGUUCCAUGUGUAUAAAUGUAUGUUUUGAUGUUCCAAUAAAUUUGUUAUUAUUUGGUGUUGACAAUUUACAUAAGCA